AUGCAACAGGACCUAAACGAACUGUCCCUCUGGUCACAAGCUAGUCACAUGAAGCUCCAUCCGAAGAAAUGCAAAGUGCUGCAUAUCGAGUUCAGAAAGAUCCCUGUCACACCGCCUUCACUUACUGUCAACAACAUUGAAGUUCAACUAGUGAAAGUGCUGAGAGUUCUGGGUGUGAUUCUCCAGGCUGAUCUGAAAUGGAACUCGCACGUGGACUCAGUAUGCACUAAAGCAAACCAGCGCUUGUACUUCCUCAGGAAACUCAAGCACUUUCACCUCACCACUGACGAUCUCCUGACGGUGUAUACUUCCUACAUCCGCCCUAUCCUCGAAUACGCCGCUCCGGUUUGGCACUCCGGUUUGCCCUACAAGUUGAGUGACGGGAUUGAGAAAGUCCAACGCAGAGCUCUACGAGUUAUCCUGGGUUCUGAAUAUACUUCUUACGCCGCUGCCUGCUCACACCUGGGACUACCAACUCUCUCCUCCCGGCGUAGAACACUGACAGAGACCUUUGCCAAGUCUCUUCUCCGUUCCGGACAGCUUCAACAUAUCCUACGGUACCACCCACCAGAGGAAGCAUCAGUGGCCGGACUUCAAAAGUACCGUCAUAAUUUAAUCGUUAUCGACAAGACUAAAACCAUUUACUGUUAUAUCCCUAAAACCGGCUGUACAACAACAAAACUGGUAAUGUACAACCUCCAACACGACACAAAUUUGACCAGCGCAGAUCUUGGCCCUAACAAAAAAGUAGAGAUUCACCGGUACCCCUUUAAGUUGCUGAACAAAUACAGUAUGGAAGAUGCACAAAUGCGUCUGAAGACCUACAACAAACUCAUUGUCGUCCGUGACCCCUUAGAGAGGCUAGCCUCUGCCUGGCUUGAUAAAUUUUUCAACAGUCCAGGACGCUUCAUAUUCAGAAAGAGGUUACGGCAGGCUGUAGGGAAUUCAACAUUCGGAAAAACAACAACAAAAAGGGUUCAAUACGACUUCAUCGCUCAUACGGACACGCUGGUAGAAGACCUUCGUCUGUUCUUCCACAGGAGCGGUAUCGUAGGGAAGGACGGCAUCCUCCCGAGACAGCACCCCUCUCGGGCUAAAGCCCGCUUCGGUAGGACCUUUCGAGUGGUCCCGCCGGAGGACAUACGUCGCCUCGGGCAAAUCUACAAACCGGAUUUCGACAUGUUCGGAUACUCGAUUGAGGAGGACCUUGAAAUGAUUGAAAACGAACAGCGGAACGCACUAAAACAAAAUGUCUGA